GAACUCUGAAGUGAACAAAAGUGAAAAAAACAAAGCGAAAGGAGACAAAAAGGGAAACAAGAGAGAGGAGAGAGUCUGAACGUCUCGAGUGUUAAAAUAGUGAAUAGAUUGAAAAAUUAAAGAAACCCAAUCCAAAUCUAUCCAUCCAUCCACGCAGUUGAUGCGGUUUCCUGUGUUGUCCAUUUCUUUCAAUGUGAUUGCGAGUGAAAAUGAGGUGAAGAGGAGGAGCAAGUGUAGAUCUGAAGCACAAGGAAAGAAACAAAGAGAGGACAAUGGGGGUAUUGGGAGAAUCAUGGUGCUUCUGCAAAGGCGCUGGCAAGUCUGAGCGGAUGAAGGCCAACAUUUUCACUGCCAAAGGCCCCGCCAUGGCCACCAUUUCCUCCUCCUCCUCCGCCACCGGCUUCCUCAUCCAUCGCAACCUCCUCCUCACCACUCACGUCAACCUCCCCUCCCUCGCCGCCGCCGAGGCCUCCGAGAUCCGCCUCCAGGACGGCGUCCCCGCCACCCUCUUCCCUCACAGGUUUUUCAUCACCAGCUCUGUUCUUGAUCUUACAAUAGUUGGUUUAGAUACUGUGGAUGGAGACUCGAAUGCCCAGGGUCAGCAGCCUCACUACUUGAAGACCUGUUCUAAACCAAAUCUGGAUCUGGGCAGUGUGGUUUACCUCUUGGGUUACACAGAGAAAAAGGAAUUAACAGUUGGUGAAGGAAAAGUAGUGAUUGCCACUGACAAUCUCAUAAAAAUGUCAACUGAUGGAGUAACUUGGAGUCCUGGGUCUGCUGGUUUCGAUGCACAAGGCAAUCUUGCAUUCAUGAUUUGCGAUCCUAUGAAACUAGCUACAUCGCCAAACACCAAAUCCUCCUCAACUUCAUCGUCAUCUUCAUCAUCAUGGAAGAAAGAUCUUCCCAUGCAAUUUGGCAUCCCCAUUCCCAUCAUCUGUGAUUGGUUAAACCAGCAUUGGGAGGGUAGUCUUGACGAACUCAACAAACCCAAGUUACCACUUAUUCGAUUGAUGUCCACUGGUCAGAAGAGUGAGCAUUCUUGUACUUCCUUCACCAUGCGGCGAGUCUUCAAAUCAACUGAUGCAGACAAUGAUGGAACCCCAUCAUCAUCAAAUAUAAUCUCAAAAACUAGAGAUCAACAUGGGCCUGCUACCUGUUCCACUGCUGCAAACACAUUUGAAGAGGUGGUCCAUACAACUGAUCCCCAUGCUACCCAUCUGCAGGGAAUCCCAACUCCUGAAAUAUAUGAAUCACCAAAGUUGACUGCAAUCCCUGUCCGGAUGAAGGAAAGUUCCCAAAUCCAGCUUUUGGAUAUUAAUUUUCCUCCACAGGUGGCCAAAGCUACUGUCCCACAGAUUGCCAAACCGCUGCCAUCAAACUCGGAUGAGAAUCAUGUGAGGGGACUUUCUCUAGAUGAUGGAUUGCAAGAAAAGCAGUUUGAGAACAGAGAUAUGGCCAGGUCUGAUGCAGAUGCUGAGAUUGCAUCAACUGGUUCAGUAAAUGUGGCCCAUAGUGAGGUCCAGUCCAGUUCAUCCCCCGUAGAGAUCUCGGAGUUGCAGAAUGGGUAUAGCAGUGAAGGAGAGACCAUGUACUCUGCAGAAACUGCUGAGAGCCGAAACUAUACAAGUCCUAGGGAGGGAAGGUUUCAACAGGUGGGAAGGAGUCAAAGCUGUGUGAGUUAUAACAGAUGGGGAACUGGGCAGAGGAAUCCCAUGACUCGCAGGGCAUAUCUAGAACAGCAGAGGAGCUUCAUCCAAGGGAGAAAGAUGCAUUCACAAGGGGCAACUUCUCAAAGGAGUAAUGAUUACUUCGGCCCAACUGUCUCCUCAAUCAUGAAGAAGCGAAACAACAACUCGGAGCAGCCAAGCAAGCCCCGGCAAAGUGCAGUUCAUUCUUCUCCACGAUGGAUGUUCUGAUUAGAGACCAACAGUGACAACCUCGUGUACCUUUUUGGUGGCUUCAAUUCAUGCCCAUUUGAUUCCAUAUACCUAUGCUGUAACUAAUUUAUUGACUACAUAUGCUAUCUUAAGAUUAAUAAAGAUGAAAUCAGUCCAAUCAA